AUGUCACGUAUAAACUAUGCUCGACAUCGGCAAGUAGCACAAUUAUAUUUAGAAAAUAACACUGUAUUAACAAAAAACACUGUUAUACCUGGCUCCGAUUUCGUACAUGCUAAAAUGGCUUGGGUUCAAAAGGAUAUUCUUGAUUUAAUCAAUAGCGCUCAGGUUCAUAAUCGCCAAAGAAUAAGAAAUGAUAUAACUGAAGUAUUAGAACGUUCACUUAAUAACUUGUCAUUGAAAUUGUCUCUCUAUGAUUUUGCCGACGGAUCAUCUGAAGAGUUAUUAUGUCUCGUUGGAACUAUUGAAAUAGAAUAUAAAAGCAAGUGUGCUUGGUAUAAUAUUCCAGUUGAAUUGUGGAUACCUCAAAAUUAUCCAUACUCGGCUCCCAUGUGUUACGUUAAACCAACGCCAAAUAUGUAUAUAAAAGCGAAUACACAUGUAGAUCAAAAUGGAGCCAUUCACAUUCCUUAUUUAGAAAACUGGAAUCAAGUUUCCAGUAAAUCAAAUUUAGUCGAUUUAAUUACGCAAAUGUCACUUGUAUUUGGUAAACUAUCACCAGUGUAUACAAAAUCUAGUUUACCACAAGCUCAAUCAUCAGCUUUUUAUUCAAACAGCAGUGAUAGUUCCAGUAAUAAUAAAUCAACAAACAAUGAUAGUUCCGGUAAUAACAAAUGUGUCAUAUGUGUUGAUGCUGAUAUUGAUUGUGUUGUACUUGAAUGUGGACAUAUGUUAUGUUGCUUGAAUUGUUCAAAAUCGUUCCAGCAGUGUCCAAUAUGCAGACAACAAGUUCAACGUGUGAAAAAGAUUUAUAAAUCAUGA